AUGUCGGAUAUAGAAAAACUCCUUGCAAAGCAGGAUGUUGCUAUGAGAGUAAUUUCAAGGGCACUGCUUAACUUCAAGAAGCUGGGCAAGCCAAAGUGGACUGGCGCGUUCAUCCGUCAACGCCUUGCAGCCUUAAAGGUUGCUUAUCAUGAGUGCAAGGCUCUUCACACCGAACUCAUCAUGCUGGCUACUGAGUCGCAGAAGGGCACCAUCCGAUACUUCGUCAAUGACACUUUUGACUUCUGUGGAGACGUUUAUCAGAAAACUUCCGAUUUCCUGGCGGAAGCGCUUGAGGCUGCCGAACCACCGCAAUCUCCACUAAAUAUCAGUUUGAUGUUAGAAGGCGCCCCGCGCCCGACCUCACAUCUACCUCGCUUGAACCUGCUAAGCUUUGACGGUAGCCUCCUAAAAUGGGAGACAUUUCGUGAUCGGUUCCGCUCCAUGAUUUACAACGAUCGCACACUGUCGAACGUGGACAAGUUGCACUAUUUGUUUUCAUGCCUCAAAGAAGAACCGAGCCACGCACUGGAGCAUUUGCCUCUCACGGAAACAAACUUUGACAUCGCUUGGCAAAUUCUUGUCAAACUGUAUGAGGACAAGCAAGCCCUCAUUCAUCGAGAUGCAUGCUCACACCUUGGUCAAUCUUCCUGUGAUUCGUGGAACAACCUACAAACAUUCCUUGUCCUCAGUAAACUCGAUAAAGCAACCAGGAAGAAGUGGGAGCUCCGCCGUGUAGAUACGGUUGAUCUUCUCGGAUACGAUGCGUUGGACAGGUUCUUUGAGUCCAGAAUACGAACCCUGAGCGCGAUAACUUUGAAGCCAUCUGACGGGCGUUGCGACGCUUCGUAUUCGAAACCAAUCAGAUCGAAAACGGUGGCAUCACAUGCGCUCUCAACAAAACAAUCAAAGUGUCCGGUGUGUCGUGCUGCUCACGCGUUGUAUCAGUAUAAGUCCUUCCGUUCUUUUCCUCAAGAUAGGCACCAGGACUUUGUUAACACGCAUAGGCGCUGCAAAAAUUGCCUGGCCUUGAGCCAUUCGGUACAAGACUGUCCAAGCCCGCAUCGAUGUAUGGUGUGCGGACGUAAGCACCACACCCUCCUCCAUUCGCCUAAGGAGGCACCUGACAGAAGUCAGUCCUCUUCCGGAGCACAGCACUCCGAACCUGCUGUAUCCGCGCACACUGCCGUUGAUUCUCACGGGUCGGUCUUGCUCGCAAUUGCCCGAGUGCAAGUACGAUCCUCAAAAGGCCGAGUUGAGCACGCUCGCGUUCUGCUGGAUCAGAAUUCAGCAGCAACGCUUGUCUCAGAGCGUCUCGCUCAGCUGCUGCAUCUCCCACGUCAACGGUCCAAUCUGUGCCUCAGCGGGAUCGGUGAUAUACAAUGUCGCGUCCGUCAUAUAGCUCCACUCAUUAUUACUCCAAGGCACAAAACCGCACCGUCCUUUAGCACCAAUGCUAUCAUUUUAAGCUUUCUAACGACUUACGUGCUUCCUCAGAAGCCCAUGAGCGGCCUUGGGGAGUAUACCAAAAAUCAGGUACUCGCUGACGCGAACCCGACGAGUUCGGAUCCAAUAGACCUAGUCAUUGGUGCUGACCUGUACGGAAGUUUGAUGCUGCCAGGAUUGCGCAGGGGCAAUGACAAUGAAUCCGUCGCUCAGGAAACGGCUCUAGGCUGGAUUCUUUCCGGUCGAAUUUCCUGCCCGAGGCAACCCCUCCGCCUUGCAAACCAUCACUGCGCGCAAAGCAAUCUGAUUGGCAGCGUUCAACGCUUUUGGGAGAUUGAGAAGGUUCCUUUCGCGAAUCUUCUCAGCGCGGAGGAACAAGCGACGGAAGAUCAUUUCCAUGCGACUCAUACCCGCCAUGAAACUGGACGUUAUAUCGUGCGCUUGCCCUUCAAGGCCGGCCCACCAAGCGACCUCAGAGAAUCACACUCCGUUGCGCUCGCCAGGUUGCUGCGACUUACCAAGCGCUUGUCCACGGACCCGUCCAAGACAAAAGAUUACUCGAGUUUCAUGCGGGACUGUGAACCCUUGGGGCAUAUGGAGAGAGUAACGGAACCUCCCUCGUUGGCUUCCUAUUAUAUACCGCAUCAUACUGUCUAUCGCGACUCAAGCGCUACGUCAAGGGUACGCGUUGUCUUCAAUGCGUCGUGCCCGACGUCCACUGGCAAGUCUCUAAAUGACUACCUAUCUGUGGGGCCGAAGCUUCAAGCUGACCUCGGAGCAAUUAUAACCGAGUGA